UGACGCCCUCUAGUGGCCCAUACGAGCAGCAUCAAUCUCCGUGUCGAGGUUAGAGGUCACUGCAGAAAAACAUGGCGGCUUCCAGUAGAGCGACCGUGGUGCUGAAGGCUGUGAAGAACAUAACGAUUCGGUUUUGUCCGUUUGAAUCCAAUGUCCGGUCCACAAGGGAGUUUCUGGCCAUGGUGGGUUCAGAGAAGGCCAGGUCCACCAACAUGAAUUGUGAGGUGAUAGCCAUGGUGAAACAUGACAAGUCUGAACCUGUAGUGGAUAUUACUUAUGCAGAUGGGGAGAGGCUGGUGAUGAAGGGAGCAAAGUUGUCCACCAGAGAGAUGUUCAGUGCGUUUCAGUCGCGGUGUAUAGCCAAGGACCCACAGUCGCAGGCAAAAGCAAAGAAGUGAUGAUCUGUAUGUUGAAUUAAUCUGUAUUUAUCUGUAUACAUUCUUGGAUGUUUAUAAUAAAAGUAUCUCAUUUAAAUGUG